UGGGAGCUGCUUGGAGGAAUCAGCCUGCUGGCCGCUCGAUGCCGCUGUUGCAGCAGGCCGUGGUGCUGUUUUCUGCAGGGGGAGUGGAGCUCUCUAGCAGCAGCGUGCGGAAGGAAUUUAGCGGGACUGAGAGUUGGUUAGCUGCAGCGCAGACUCACACACACCUUAUUUUUUAUUCUCUUUUGCACUUCAGAAAACGAUAAUCGCCGUGUCGCCGUGGCUGUGCAUGGACCGUGCUGUGUGACCGGCUGCUGACUGCAGAGUGUGCGGGCCCUGAGAGGUCUGAGACAUGGAUGCCUCCCCUCAGUCUCCUGAAAAAGAAGGUACACUGAUGGAGAGCACGUCCCCGGUUGGAGAGGACCCAGCGGCCUGUCACAGUGGUGAUGUUCAUUCCACUGAUGGCAAAGACAAUGAUACAUUAGAUGAUCAUUCCAACUCACAGUCUGCAAAAGAAGAAGAAUGCGCUUCGGAAGAAAACCAGGUGGAAGAGGGUGAGGAGGAGGAGGAUGUUGAAGGGAAGUCCGCAAUAGAAAACGUCAACAACAAGCAACAAGAGGACCAACAGAUGGAUUGCGAUCAGAAGGAGGCAAGUGAGGAAAACAUGAAGGUCAAAAAAAAUCUAAUUAGCUCAGGUGAAGAGAGGGACAAGGACGAGAUACAACCCCAAGGUGAGGAGGCAAACAGAGAUUUGGAAAAAGAGGAUGCUGAGCAUCAUCUGGAAAAGGCAAAGGAGAAGAAAACUGAUAAAGAGGAACAGAAUCAACUUGAUGAGGCGAGGCAUGGAAACCUCAUCCAGGAGACAGACCAGCAGGACACCACCGGGCAGCCUCAGGUGGAUAUAGUGACAGAACACAAAAAAACAGAAGACAGCACAGGUGAGGAGGAAGGCAUAGAUGUCACAAGACAGACAGACAGAACUUUUGUGAUUAAAGAAAGUGAACAAAAACUGGAAGAUGAGACGGACAGAACUUGUGCAGAAAACACUACAGAACACAUUACGUUUCAAAUGAGACAGGAGAAAGAGAAGCACAACAUACCAGAAGAGAUGGAAAGGCCAGAGGAUGAUGAGCCAAGUACUGAACAGGAAGACAGAGGGACAGUUGAUGAAGAAUCCACUGAAUCACCAAUGGAUAUUGAUCACACAAUUGAAAAGAUGAAGGAGGAUAUUCCAGAUGAUUUUGAUUCCUCUAAUUCACAGGGCAAAGCUGAAAGUCCUUCUCAGGAACUAGGGCCUGAAUUGAAGCAUUCUGAUAGUCAGGACCAGUCUAAUGUGUCCUCUGAAGAUGCGUCAUCAAACAGAUCCGAAAACCAGACCACCCAGGAGCUAAAGGAUGAGAUGGUGGAGUCUUCUAUAGAAACACCUGGUCAGCCAGUGGUGGAGGCUGAGAAGAUGGAUUUUGAGGACUCUGGUGUCCUUUCUGUGAAAGUUAAAGAUGAGCCUAUGGAUGAGGAAUAUGAAAAAGCUCUGGCACUUCAGGAUCCACCUUCAAAAAUCAAGGAUGAGCCAGACACAAGUGAAGAAUGCAUCCAGAAACCUGAAGAAGAGUUCAAGAUCAGUGCAGUGUUCUCAGUUGGGAAAAAUCCUGCAUCUUCAGGGACCAGCAGCACCUCAACAAAGUCCGCCACCAACUCCCCUGCUCCUGCUCUGACUCCAGCCAGCUCUCUGUGUGUGGUGUGUUCAGGCUGUAAGAAAGUUCUCCUUAAGGGCCAAACGGCGUUCCAGCGAAAGGGCUCUCCCCAGCUCUACUGCUCACCACAGUGUCUCUGCACUACAGCAACGGACCUGAUGACCAAGUCUAUCCCUAAAAAAACUUGUCAUUACUGCCUCAGAGAGAUUUCCAACCCAAAGGAUGUAAUCAUUGCUCCGGUUGACUCAGCAGGAGCAGUAAAGGACUUCUGCAGUCAGAAGUGCCUCAGCGCCUUUAACUUCAAAAGGGACAGUGCAAAAGCUUCACUUGGAGGCAGCUCUAAAAGCACGAAGUGCAGCAUGUGCCAAAAAGCCUGCACUACUCGUCAUGAGGUUAAUUUCUUGGGCAGUGUUCAUAAAUUGUGCAGUGAUUUCUGCUUCAAUCAAUUCCGCUCCUCCAAUAAGCUCACCAUGAACUGCUGUGUCCAGUGUGGAGGCUAUUGUUACAGUGGAGAUGGUCAGUGCCACUGUAUGGUAGUAGAAGGCACUGUUAAAAAGUUUUGCAACCAGAAUUGCGUCUCUGUCUACAAAAAGAAAUAUGGGAAGCCUGUAUCGUGCACAAUGUGUCGAGGUUAUCACUCUAUGCAAGAGAUGGUGGAAAACAUAAACACAGAGGGCAGCAGAGAGCUAUUCUGCUCCACUGCAUGUGUGACUGCAUACAAAGUACAGUCUGUCAGCUCAUCAGGUGCUGCAGUGGAAUGCAACAACUGCAAGCUCGUUAAUGUGCCUCAGUACCACCUUGCCAUGUCAGAUAGUACGAUCCGCAACUUCUGCUCCUUACCUUGUGUGGUGUCCUUUCAGGAUUCCUUUAAUAAGACAAACUCUCACAACCAGCUGAAUGUUGCACCAUCUCUGAGCACCGCUGUGCCUCAGUCUGCUCCAAAGCUUGCCUCCACCAAACCUGUUUCUGCAGAGCCCAGCUCCUCUGGAGCUCCUCAAAUCCCAGCAGUGACCAAAAUUCCAUGUGCACAGUGUCAGCGCUCCUUCUUCCGCAAGCCUGAGCUGCUGGACUUUAAGGGCAAGAUGUAUGUGUUCUGUGAUAAGAGUUGUAUUGACGAGUUCAGGAGGACCAACUAUAUUAUGGCACAGUGUGUGUAUUGCAAAAUCGACAAGGUGGUGAAGGAGAUAAAGAGGAUUAACAACACAGACUGCUCUUUCUGCAGUGAGGGCUGCAAGUUACUCUACAAGCAUGACCUUGUCAAACGCUGGGGGAAAAAGCACUGUCGCAACUGCCUCUACUGCAGCGGCACCUCUCAGACUUUGGUCACCAGCGUUUUUUCAGGCAAGCAGGAGGAGUUCUGUGGAAAUGAGUGCUUGUCACAGUACACGCUGUUAUUCUGCCAGGUGGCUAAAUGCAGCAUGUGCAAGCGUGCCAAGAAGAUGGUGGAGUCUGUGAAGUGGCUGGGAGAGAAGAAGCACUUUUGUAGCCUGCAGUGUCUGAUGUACUUCUGUAGUCUGCAGGGUAACUCUACAGCUGCCGUCAGAGCUUCUGUCAAACCCACAGUUACACAGCCUACCACUGUACAGCCUGCAGUCACACAAGCACCAGUCUCCACCACCCCUGUGCUCCAACCUGCACCCAGCACUUUGACCACCCAGACAUCAGCGGUUAAAACUGAGGACACACCUGUAAUUGCCAAUGUUAUAUCAUUAUCUAACGCCACUAACGGGCAGCCUAAUGUCCUCGGAAGUGCUGCCUUGCAAGGGGCUGUGCCUUCUUGUGUGAAGCUGAUAGGACAUGCCAGCACACAGACAGACGCUCUGAAAAUACCCAGUGCCCCAACACCCAGACUACUAAAAAACAAAGCUUUGCUCUGUAAACCCAUGAGCCAGAACAAAGGAACAUCCUGCAAACCCAAUACGUGUGAUGUGAAUCUACAAACAGAUAUAGCCUCGCCUGACAUAUUAGUGUUACCCAUACCAGUGCCAGUGUAUGUUCCUGUACCCAUGAAUCUCUACACACAGUUUACACCACAUGCUAUGGGACUUCCUCUGCCGGUGCCCGUUCCCAUGUUUCUGCCCACAACAUUGGACAGUGCUGAGAAGAUAGUGGAAACCAUUCAGAAGAUCAAAGAAAAGAUCCCAGAUGACCCUCUAGAGGCAGACCUGAUCAUGAUGGCUGAGAUGGUGGCAGAGGACAAUGAGAAAGAUAAGACUGUCUCCCAUGGAGACCAAGAUGACAACUACAUUGAAGAUUUCGAUUUGGACGCCCUGUCCGGUCAUAUAAGCUGGGACGAAGACAGCGUCUCUAGUGCCUCUCGAUGUCGACAAACCUCAGAGUCUGAGAAAACUUAUCCGCCUCCACCUCCACUCAAAAGAGGUCAUCGGUCACCCAGCCCAAGCUCCACCUACACACCUGACUCCACCCCAACCCCACAAGAGCCACAGCUGGACCUGGAAGCAGACUUCCCUGCUGAAUGUUUCGAGCUUCUGGAGCGGCGAAAGGAAAAGGAAAAAACCACAAGCCCCAGACAGCGACCUCGGCGAAAAGGACGGGAUGGCUUCCCACAGAAAAAACGAGCACGCAAGCGUACAGGAGGCAGUCCACGAUCACCAUCUAACCUUCCCAACGUCUCAAAACUGCACCACGAGUAUGGUGUCCAGGCGUGGAAAAGCUGGAUACGCUGGAGGAACUCACAGCCCAAUAUAGAGGUGCCGAAGAUGGGCUCUCGUAACAUGAUGUUGAAGGAGGACAUGUUGCAGUGUAGCACAGCUGAGCUGAGCUACGGUCUCUGCAAGUUCAUCAGUGAAGCCCGGCGACCUAAUGGAGAAAUGUACCGUCCAGACAGCAUCCAUUACCUCUGCUUAGGCAUCCAGCAGCACCUCUUUGAAAAUGGACGAAUGGAGAACAUUUUUGCUGAUUUGUUCUACAGUAAAUUCAGUCAGAGUAUAAACACCCUUCUCAAAGACUGGAAACCAACUAUUAUGCCUAGUGGCUAUGUGCACUCUCGAGUGGAAGAGGAGUAUCUGUGGCAGUGUAAGCAGCUGGGUGCGUUUUCUCCCAGCGUGCUUCUCAACACCUUGCUCUACUUCUGCACUAAAUUCUUUAACUUUAAGACUGUGGCUCAGCACCGCCGUCUGUCCUUUGCACACGUCAUGCGCUGCACUCGCUCUCACGGCAACAGCAAGACGGCCUGCCUCCGCUUCUACCCCCCGGUGCCCAAAGAGGGCACUUCAAAUGCAGAGGAAGUACCAGCUAAGAGGAAGAGAGAGGAUGAGGAGGAUGAAGGUGUCGUGAUGGAAAUGCAGGAGAAUGCUGGUAAUCCGCUCCGCUGUCCUGUCAGGCUCUAUGAGUUCUACCUCUCUAAAUGCUCGUCCUCAGUAAAGCAGCGGACAAACAUUUUCUAUCUGCGUCCUGAGCGCUCCUGCAUCCCCAACAGCCCGCUGUGGUUCUCCUCCUCGGCUCUAGAUGACGAGGAGCUGGACAUCAUGCUCACGCGUAUCCUGACAGUUCGAGAGCUGUAUCUGGAGAGGGAGAUACCAGCAAGUGUGUCCGACUCGGAAAAUAUCACAGAUUCUGACUGAAACGGUCAUGUACACACCCAUACCUGAACUAUUUUCAACUGAAACUUUACAUCAGUGGAGCAUCUACAUGUGAACUGUCAGCAGGAUAUACAGUACAUCCUCUUGUUAACGGUUGUAAUGGUAUUAUACAAAACCAGAAAUCUGACCAAAUCUAUUGUCCUUCCUCUCCGGUUCCAGAAAGUGCAGUGUCGGCACUCUGGAGUGGCUCAUAAUGAGAAUGUUAUCAAGCUCCAAAUACAAAAAAGGCGCACAACUCUUUAUAAAGAAAAUUGGUCCUGUAUUUUAAGUCACUCUGAAGUGCUUGUUGCCAGUUUCCUUUUUGUUUUGUUUUUAUAUCUUUUUGUUCUUAAUUGUAGCAUUUUAUGUUUAAAAUGGUAAAUGUUGAUAUAAAGGAAACAGAAGUGACUGUAACAACAAAAUAAACAGCUACAACACAGUUUAAAGAUCCCGUACAGGUCCUGACUGUUCUCAAAGACUGAGCAUGAUGCUAAUGACUGUUGUACAAUGCUUCUCCAUUACACUCUUUGUGUAUGCUC